CCAAACACCAAAUGGUAUGAAAAUAAAAGCUGUGCGGUCCCCUUUGCGCCUACCAUCUCCUGUAACAUUGAAAUGGACAAAUUGAGAGGGUGGACCUUUCAAGAAAGUUAAGCAUCCCAUGAUAUAGAACGCAAAGACUUUUGAUGGUCAGUUCCAUUAACUGCUUUGAGUCACCCUCAGGAGCCUGGAUUCUGACUUCUAGCAGUGGCAGCUUGUACAAAAAAUUUGAUGGAUAACUACUUUCUAAAUACAUUGAUGGGCUGAUUAGAACUUCAAAAACCAAGGAAGCUCUAAAAGAAAAAAAAUUCUGGUAAAGAGAAUUUGACACUGAAAACUUAGGAGGCAAGGUUUCCUUUCCUGUUUACGGCCUGAGAAGUAAUGUAAUCGCCACCAUAAAAAAAUGAUGAUGAACAGCACAUGUGUGGAAGAACAACAUGACCUGGACCACUAUUUGUUCCCAGUGGUCUACAUAUUUGUGUUUAUAGUCAGCGUUCCAGCCAACAUUGGAUCUUUAUGUGUGUCCUUUCUGCAAGCAAAGAAGGAAAAUGAACUUGGAGUUUACCUCUUCAGUUUGUCACUGUCAGAUCUGCUGUACGCGCUGACUCUGCCUCUGUGGAUCAAUUACACAUGGAAUAAAGACAACUGGACUUUCUCUCCUGCCUUGUGCAAAGGAAGUGUUUUCUUCACCUACCUGAACUUCUAUAGCAGCACAGCGUUUCUCACCUGCAUUGCCUUAGACCGCUAUUUAGCCGUUGUCUAUCCUCUAAAGUUUUCUUUUCUAAGAACAAGAAGAUUUGCAUUCGUUACCAGCUUGUCUAUCUGGAUAUUGGAAUCCAUCUUUAACUCUAUACUUCUGUGGAAAGACGAAACAAGUGUUGAAUAUUGUGAUGCAGAGAAGUCUAACUUCACUCUAUGUUAUGACAAAUACCCUCUGGAGAACUGGCAGAUCAACCUCAACCUGUUUAGGACGUGCAUGGGCUAUGCAGUCCCCUUGAUCACCAUCAUGAUCUGCAACCAUAAAGUCUACCAAGCUGUGCAGCACAACCAAGCCACGGAAAGCAGCGAAAAGAGAAGAAUCAUAAAGUUGCUUGCUAGCAUUACAUUGACUUUUGUCCUGUGCUUUACCCCCUUCCACGUGAUGGUGCUCAUCCGCUGCAUCUUAGAGCGCAACAUAAACUUCAGUAACAAGCCUGGAAAACGGACGUUUGCAGUGUACAGAGUCACAGUAGCACUGACGAGCCUAAACUGUGUCGCCGAUCCGAUCCUGUACUGUUUCGUGACUGAGACAGGGAGAGCUGAUAUGUGGAACAUACUAAAAUUCUGUACUAGGAAACACCAUAGAUCGCAAGGACAAAAGAGACGCAUACUUUCUGUGUCUACAAGAGAUACUGUAGAAUUAGAAAUUAUAGAAUAAGAGAUGGAAGCAGGUUUAGUUACAUGGUAUUAUAUGAUAAAAAUUACAUUUUGGAAUAGAAAUCGGGCACAGGAGGAACAGGUGUUCUGAGUUAGCUUUAGUCUACAGCAGUGGAAAUAUUUUAAAGGCACAUUGUACAACUCCUGUGUUGAUUUUUAUUAAAUAAGGUGUGAAAUGUAUAAUUUUGUAUGUAUUCUAAUGACUCGGUGCCAUCUUUAUAAGUAGUAACUCUCUUUAUCUCUGUGCUAUAACCCCUAAGAGAU